AAGUGUAACAUCAAAAAAGUGGCGCGCAGAAUCCAGGGCAAUCACAAGUGGUCGAGAAAGAGUGGGGGGUGGGACCACUGACUUAACAGGACUGCGCACACCAGAACUCUGUAGGAGAGAAGUUCUUCACAAAGGUCCAGCGUUUGGGCGCAAAAGGAUGGAUUCUUUCAGAUCGGGCUCUAGCAUAGGACUGUCUCCCUCUCCCAGAGAUCGACAAUCACCCAUGAGUUUUGAUCAGGAGCACUCACAACCGGGAACAAUGGCCGGAGUUCAGGCGGGAACACUUGGCUUCCCAUCUGAAUCGCUGUGCGUAAAGUACGGGGAAUUUUUAAAACACACCGCUGCCGCCGCAGCAGCCGCUGAGAGCAGUGGCGGGGAGCAGAGUCAGGAUGAUGACAGUGAUGGCAUUGGCAGGAGUGACAUGGUGCUUUUUCCUGAGGAAAGGCUCAUGGCAUCAAUGGCCAAAUGUGACGCAGGUAAGAAACACAAAGAGCAGAAAGUGCUGCGGCUGAACAUUAACGCCCGUGAGAGGAGGAGGAUGCAUGACCUGAACGACGCGCUCGAUGAACUGAGGUCGGUGAUCCCCUACGCGCACAGCCCGUCCGUACGGAAGUUAUCCAAAAUAGCCACUUUGCUCCUCGCCAAAAACUACAUCCUCAUGCAAGCGCAAGCACUUGAAGAGAUGAGAAGACUUGUCACAUAUCUUAACCAUGGACCCGGUGUUACCGCGGCGAAUACAUCUGGUGCACCCGGAUUAGGGCUCUAUGACCAGCAGACAGGAUACCCGUUCUCUGCUGGGACUCCAGACCCUUUCCAUAGCAAUGCAAAUCUCUUUAACAAACACUUCAACCAUAAACCUUGAACAGUUGUGGCCGACGACACUAACAGGGCUCUUCAAGCUUCGUGCACACAACUGAAUUAAUGAAUUGAUGGGACCAGCGUGACUGACUGAGAAGUAACCACAUUACCAAAAUAUGGAUUCUUACUGUAUAUGAUGAUGUUAUAUAUUUCAUGGUGAUUAUGUAUCGAAAUGGCUGUUGUUUUUGCAACGCCAAACGAAAUGACAGCUCCAUAACAUGGUCAAAAUGGUGAGGCUAAUUUGUCUUUAACAAAUUACAAUGCAAGUCCAGUCUAUUUAUUUGACCAUUAUGUAGGCCUUUAUUCAUUUUAUUCAGUUUGAUUCGAUGAUGUUCGAUGAAUAAAUUGUAUUGGUGAUAUAA